CUUAAGACCAGACAACUUCUUAAGAAAACGGAAGAAGGCAAGUGAUCUCAAGCAAGUGUGAAUGGAAAGGUGCACCACAUCCGCUGAAUCAUUAUGGCACCAAAGCCCAUCAUUCAAGCAAUCAUCGACUUCUCGGCUGGAGCAGUAGGCGGCACGGCCUGCGUGCUCAGCGGGCAGCCGUUCGACACCGCCAAGGUGAAGAUGCAGACGUUCCCCUCCAUGUACCGGGGCUUCGUGCACUGCUUCGUGUGCACCUGCAGACAGGUGGGGCUGCGCGGCCUCUACAAGGGCACCAGCCCGGCCCUCAUCGCCAACAUCAGCGAGAACGCCGUGCUCUUCCUCAGCUACGGCUUCUGCCAAAACGUGGUCCGCUACGUGAUCGGGAUGGACAGAGGCGCCGCUCUCAGCGAUUUUCAGAAGGCCUGCGCGGGGUCAGUAGCCUCCAUUUUCUCCUCCAUGGCAUUAUGCCCCACCGAGCUGGUGAAAUGCCGGCUACAGGCCAUGCAUGAAAUGGAGGCAUCUGGCAAGAUCGCAAGCGGACAGAAAAGCACCGUGUGGACGGUCGUAAAGACGGUGCUUAAGACGAACGGCCCCCUGGGCUUCUACCAAGGCUUGACCUCCACCAUCGUGAGGGAGAUUCCAGGCUACUUCUGCUUCUUUGGAGGCUACGAGCUCAGCCGCUCUACGUUUGCCCAGCACAUGGGCACAGACAAGGAUGGAAUAGGUGUUCUUCCUCUCAUGUUCAGCGGCGGGUUUGGGGGAGCCUGUCUGUGGCUGGUGGUCUACCCCAUAGAUUGUGUCAAAUCCAGGAUCCAGGUGUAUUCUUUGGCCGGGAGGCAAGAGGGUUUCAUCAAGACCUUCAUGAGCAUUAUACGCAGUGAGGGAGUCAGCGCUCUGUACUCCGGCCUAACUCCCACCAUGAUACGGACUUUCCCCGCCAACGGAGCUCUGUUCCUGGCUUAUGAGCUGAGCCGCAAGAUGAUGAUGGAGAAGUUUGAUGCUUGAUGGGGAGUAGCUCCUGUUGCAUCAACUUGAAACACAGCCUUUUUUUCUCCUAUCUGCUGUUUGGGAGGUUAAUUAACUUAAAAUUUUGUUGUCAUUUUAAACUCAGGUUAUCCCAAAGAUGGUGCUUUUUCAAUAUGUCUGUCAGACGCACACAUUUUUCUGUGCUGUGCUGGACACAGUCAUUUGAAAUGGGUAUUUCUAUGUUAAGAUUCUGGGUAUACAUUUUUAUUACCUGUAAUAUUUGUGUUUGGCAUCACAAGGCUGUACUUUGCGAUGUCUUGAAAUUCACGGUUCCACAUUGAUUGGUCGUGGGUCCAAACCGUGAACGAUCCCGGCCCGGUUUGAUAUCUGGUGCUGGUCCGGUCAUAACCGGGCUGUGUGAGCAGGCCGCUUUGACGUAACUAAGCAACACUGUUGCACCAGAACCCGUGAAGCAGAGCCGCUCGGGCCCCAGAUGUGGUGGAAACACAGUCUGGAAACAUCCUGGGCUCAGCACCACAUGGCCCUUCACAGCACAGGCCUGAAAGUGGAAAUGAAUUAUUUAGAUAUCGUCUGGGGUUUGAUUACUGUAGUAUUGUGAUGUGAUGUAUGUCUUAUCUUUGUCUGGUUUUAAA